UAAAUAUUUAUGGACAAUCAUGCGAAUAAAUGGACAUAAAUAAGAAAUUAUAAAUUAAAUUGUUGUUAUAUAAAAUUAAGAUACACAAAAAUGUCAAAAUACUCUAUGGAUGAUCAAAUCUGCUCGCUAGUGUGGAGCUCGAAUGAAACUCUCCCACCAUUAAAUCAACCACUGGAUGACUUGAGGACAGAAAACUUGAGGAAAUUCUCAUACGGAAUUGUAUUACCAAUAAUUUGUGCGUUGGGAGUAAUUGGAAACGUAUUGAAUCUCAUUGUAUUAACACGUAGAAAUAUGCGAGGAACUGCUUACAUUUAUAUGCGAGGAUAUUCAGCAUCUGCGCUUUUAGCUAUAAUAUUUGCAAUACCUUUUGGACGAAGACUUUUAACACAAGAAGAUUAUGGAAGAUGGAAGCACUUUAGUGAAGCUUUCUAUACAGCACAUUUUGAGCUUUUCCUUGGAAAUGCUUGCCUUGGUGUUGGCGUUCUGAUGCUUCUUGUGUUGACCAUUGAACGAUAUGUUAGUGUAUGUCAUCCGACUCACAUGCGACCUGCUCUGGGUCCACCUAGAUUGACUGUGAUCUUGAUUCCAAUAGUAACAUUUAUCAUUUAUUUGCCGAGUUUAUUCCGCUAUGAAGUUGUUAGAUGUGUCUUAUCCACUGAUGGAUCAAUUACGUAUUAUAAGCGCAAUAAUCUCGAGUUUCUAAACUCAAUGUUUUAUUCGGUGUACAAAGUAAUAUUGGAGAUAGUAUUUAAAUUAAUGCCAACAGUGCUCAUAGCCUACUUCAAUGUGCGUAUCAUGAUUGUCUAUCGUCAAACAUGUAAUAAACGAAGACGAAUGACGUUAUCACAUACGAAGGAUGAUGAUUCGAGAAAAUUUGCGGAGGAGAGAAGAUUAAUGUUCUUGUUAGGUAGCACCUCAUUACUGUUCCUUGUAUGUGUUUCACCAAUGGUAAUUCUUCAUGUCACACUGUCCCAGGAAAAUCUUUCGAGUUUUCCUUAUCAAGUUUUUCGUGCACUAGCAAAUGUUAUGGAGCUCACAAACUAUUCAAUAACAUUCUACAUCUACUGCUUAUUUAGCGAGGACUUUCGUAAUACUUUAUUACGUACGAUGAAAUGGCCAUGGUUUAAUGAUAAGACUAGUAUUAAACGCACUGAUUUCCGAUUGACAGUAACGCAGCCCAUUAUAACACAACACAAAAUCCCAAUAACCCAACAAUUUCCACAACACAGUACUUCGGGUUUUGUAACAGGAAAUGGUAGAUCAAGUAGCAUUUGAUGUCCUUUGCUGGCAACGUUUAACCAUGAAAUGUCAGCUGUGUAAAUAGAAAGCGGAAAGUGUGAGCAGAGCUCGAAGUCGAUGAAAUUUUGUACGGAGUCGACUGCAGCUAUACAAAAUCGAUGAAAAUCUCGAAAUCGACUUCGAGCUCUGGGUGUGAGGCAUAACAACAUUGAAAGAUACUGCACGAUAUAGUUGUGUUCAAACUCAUGAUUUUAAAAAGGAACCAAAAAUUUCAGAACAUUUCUGACCAAAUGCUGAACACUGGUUUAGCACAGAGUGUCACAUCCCUUACCACCUUUUAACACACACACAAAAAAAAGUAUUUUCAUCAUAAAUUUUGAAAAUAUAAAACAUUUGGAAUGAGAUAAUUUAACAACUUUCAUAUAGUUCUGAUAACAAACAUUUACUGUUGAUUUAUGAACUACUAUGGGAAUUGCAUAGAAUGGGAAUAUAUACAAUAAUUUUAUUUAUUUCUCUAUAUGUUUUCGGACUUUAAUCAUGAUAUAUUGAUUUUGAGGUAGAGAAAGUUUUUUACGCAUUUCGAGUGAAAAUGGGGAAUUAAAAUUGGGGAAGGGAAGAAGAAGAAGAUGCUGCUGUUUUAGUUGGUGUGAUAACUCAAGCUUUCAAGAAUUUAUGAUGAAUUUUAUGAUUUUGAAGGUCAUAACCUAGAUUUCUUAUCAUAUACAAGUAUGGGUCUUUCAUAAAAUUCGUUCAUGUUUAUUUAAGUCUUAUCACAGAUAAUAACACAGUCACACAACUUAAAAUGUGCUGUUAUUUGUGAACGAUUCCAUUUUCGAGGAAGACAAGACUGGAGGAAAAUACAACUUUACAAGAAAAUCGGUUCUGCAUGACAAUUUAAAGAGAAGAAUCAAGUUUUCGCUAAUUUACCUGAAAUAAUGCUAUUUUAUGUCAUCCUUCAUUUGAUGUUGAUCAAACUUCAACUUUUAAACUCAUUCGAUGCAGAAUAUACCACAG